GUUUUUUGGAGCUGGCGAUAAUACAGUCUUGCUAUUAAUGUUCUGUAUCAAUAAUGUGUUGCAUCUGUAUGAAUGGAUGUAUACGUGAUUCAGCCGGGAGAGUCGUCAACGCAGUCUCUUACGCAAUAGCUUGCUUAUGGGAAGUUCAUGAAUAUAUUAUCAUGCCAAGAACAUGCCUAGAUUCUCAGACACGCAAUUCCCCUCAAGUGAUGGAUUUGUUCAAGCCAAGACACACGGAUCCUGAAAAAUUAAUCUACAAAGCAAUGUUCAAAUGGGUUUUGGAGAUGUCCAGCACCAGAGCAGCAACAACAGUUGUUCUGAGGCAACAUUACAGAAAGCCUCAGCCAUGUGAAGAAGGUGAUCCAGUGGGCAACAUAGGGAGAAUAACCACACGCUCUUUGUUUAAAAGUUUUGUUGACCACAUGGUGAUAUUCUCCACUUUUUUUAAACCGAUUACUCUCCAUGUUGAUUGAUAAUUCCCCAUGCUUAAAUAAUAGAAAAUAAUGCAUCACUGAUAUACAUAAGAUAGUUACGCAGAUUUUCUAUAGUGUAGUUUGAGGUUGAACACCCAACCUAAAUGGUUUCAACCGCAACUACAAGUAAUGAUGAGAGUUGUUUGGAAAUUUCUUUAAAAGACAAAUCAGUAAAAAAUAUUUUUUUUCAGUAAAAAAGAUUUGAUAGAGUUAAAUUGGUUGAAUCAAAAUCAGUAAUUAAAAAAAUCAUGUCAGAUCAAUAAAAAUACAAACCCAUCACCUUGGUCUUAAAAUAGCGCUUGGCGCUCAAUAAUGAUGAGCUUUGUGCCUUGCGAGUUGCCCCAUGCGGAUCGUCUUAAAAAAGUUAGGUUUAAUUGUAUACAACACAGAAGAGACAUUAACAUGAUAAAUAUGAAAACAACACGAAGCUUUAGAGGGAGAUUAAAAUAAUGAACAUGCACACAACAUAGAACUUUUAGAGACAGGUUGCUUUAUUAAGGACCAAUGCCUUUGUGGUGCAUGACCAAAGUUUUUUUUUUCAUUCAGUGACGAAAAGCUACGAUCUUCGGUAUUCCUUUGUUAUAAGUUAAAACACAGACCAUAAAAUAAAAAUUUGAAUCAUCUGUAGUUAGACUAAAACUAUCGUUAAAAGAUAUCAAAAUAAUAAUCUUCUAUUAAACUUUUAAUAAUUGAAUAAAAUUACAAUUUUUAAAACAAAUAGUCAAAUAAAUUGAUAAAUUGUUUUAAUAAAAAACAUUAAAUUAUUUUAAUUUCAGUUGGGCAAUAAGUUAAACAUUUUAAAUAUAUUUAUAUUAUUUUACAGAUAAGACUAACUUAUAACACUAAUAAUUAAUAAAACACUAUUCAAAUCAUUAAUAUAUAUAUGGUCACUGAGUACACAACUUCUUAGUUUUGACAAAUUAUGACAUAAAAUGGGUCGGGAGUUUAUUUAACAGAUGCUAAUUUUAAAUGAUCAUCAUUAACAGUGCCCAGCCAAAUAAUUGUCACACAAAUCAGAAUUCAAAGAACCGAACCAAAUCUGAUUCGAAAAAAUAGUGUUGAAUUCAAACCAAAAUCGACCCAAUCAAAAAUGAAAUAUUUCGGGUAUUCAAUCCAAUCUGAUAUAUAUAUAUAUGUACUUGAAUAUGUUAGCUAUUUUGAGAUUUAAUAUCCAAAAAAUAUCUAACAUAUAUAUAAUAUUUUAAAAUUGUAUAAAAUAUGUGAAAAUAUAUACAAGUAAUCAAAAAUAAAUAUCUAAAAUAGGUAAACAAUAUUCAAAUCACCAAAAUAUUUGAAAUAUCCGGUAAUUCUUUAUCCAAAUAUUCAAAUCAAACUAAUUUUUAUGCUAAAUUUAAGUAUUUUGACAUAUAUUAUUAAAAUAUAUAUGUUAUAUAUAAUUUUAUUUUUUUAUAUUUUGAAAAGUUAAAUUAUAUAUAAAUUUUAAAAUAAUUUAAAGAGGUUAUUCGAACCCGAACUGAAACCGCAAAGAUCCAAACCAAAUCCGAACCAAAAUUUUUGAAUACUCGAAUGAAGCUAAAUUUUUUAACCCCGAAUCCCAAACCCGGCAAACAUCCCAACAAACCUAAACAUACGAAUAUCUUAAUUCAUGUAAGAAUUAACAUACGAACCCGGCGCGUAGCGCCGGAAUACCCCUAGUGUGUAAUAAUAGUAGGUUAUGACUUUUUAUGUUAAAAAUCUAACUAGUUAAUGAUAAUUCAUUUAUUUAUUAGUAUACUUAUUGUUCUCUUUAUUUUGGUCAAAAAUGAACAAAAAACCAAAAGAAGUAAUCAUCCACGUUUUUUACAAAAAAAAUUGAAGAAAAGGGCUUUAAAAACUUUAAAAAAAGUGGCCGUUUGAAACAAUGAACAGAAAAAAUAGUUUUUUCUUAAAGUGGGCUUUUAAGAGUUUACGAAUUUCUAAAAGGGAAAAUUUGGAAAAAUACCUUCCAAUAAAAUUAUAUUUUGAAAACUGCACCAUUAAUUAUUACUUUUAAAAAUUACACUUAUUUAUAAGUGAAAUGACUAAAUUAACCUAAUUAUAAUUUACACUAGUUUUAAUAUUAAUAUCAAAAUUAAUAUUUAAAUUCGAAUUCUUGUUUGUAAAAAUAAAAAACAAACACAGGUUUAGAUAUGAAUGAUAUUUAAUUAUAACUAAAUUACUUAUAUGUAUAUUCACGUGUACCCUCCAGUCCUCCACAACUAAAACUUAACACAAAACUCUAUCUCUUCCCCAAUCCAGAGAAGUUUAGGGGUUCCAUUUCUCUUUGCAUCUUAUAUGCUCUGAUUGAUUUCCAGUGGACAUAUUUACCUAUCGUGUUACCAUAUUGCAUGGUCGUCAUUUAAUUUUUAGUAUUCUCGAGAUUCAAUGGUUUGAUUCGGGUUAGCGUUUUUCUUAGGUAGAACCGUAGAAGUUAUAUGGUCAUCUUAUUUUUUCUAAGUUAAAAAAAAAAAAAUCUAUAUGAAUCAUAUCUUAGUUUUCCAUGUUAUGCAGCUUUUGAAGUGAAUGUCGCAUACAAUUGUUGUGUAUCGUGUACAGUAACAUGGGACAAGAGCAUAUCUAUACUCACUUGAAGGAGACUCUCAAAGCGGAUCCAUAUACAUUUGGAGAAUCAAAAUUGAUGGAUAUAGGAUCAAACGAUUCUCUUAUUCAGCAGAUAUCUUAUUUUUAUCUCAAAUAAAUUAAUAAGAGUAUUAAUAAUUUCGAAUUUUAUUUUUAUUUAUUAAAAUGUGGGUUAAAAUAGUCUUAUGACAUAUGUACAAGUGUAGUUUUCAAAUUUAUUUAAAUACAAUCUAUUCUUCAAAUUUCAAAUCUUAAAUAAGGUAUUUUUCAAGUUAACCCUUUCUAAAACCUAAAAGAAUUGAUUGAUAACUUUUUGGCUUUCAAGGCUUACACAGUCACAAAGCCUCAACAGCUCAAACACCAAUCAGACUCUAAGUGUUGCUGCAUUUGAGUUCGAAGUGGUUGGUUACGAGUAACGACAAUGUCACUCGCGUAUUGUCUUGGUAAGAAGCUUCCCUUCUCAGCUUGUGGAAGACUUGCGUUUCUUUUGUUCCAAGCUUGGAUCUUGGUUAUGUUUCGAAAGAUGCUUACUUUAUCUUCGGUUUCAUUUCUAUCUAGCCAUGGUUUAAUGGCAAGUACUUUUAGGCCUAGCUCUGGUUAGAUUCAUGUUAAUUGGUGCUGUAACAUUACCAGACCAGGGUUGGAUCAGUUUUUGCUAUUAUCUGUAAUGACGAUCAAUGUUUUGUUUUGUUUUGUUCUCUUUUCGGUUUACUAAUCAAGUUUUAGCUUAGUGGACAAUACAGGUUGUGAGAUUUUAAAUUUUCCAGUUUCUGUAUAUUUCGUGUCGGUGUGGUCGAAUCUUUUUGUCUGCGUAUCUUUGUCAAAUAUUAUACUUUUCUUGUGAAAAUAAAUUCAUAUAUAUUUUUAGAUA